GAGGACCUCCAGCCCCUGUCCAUCUGCCCUGGCCUUGUCCAGUGGCUGUGUCCAUGGUGCUGAAGGCAGCAUCCAAAGCAGCUGGAUCCCAGGAGCACUGGGACAGCAGGGCUGGAAAGGACCCACUGGAGAUUUAUUAGGAUCAUGGUGUUUGAAGGGAUCUCCCAGGAUUGUGGGAACAGUGGCGCUUGAAGGGGUCCAGCAGGGAUCUCCCAGCAUCGUGGGGACUGCUGGGCUGGAAGGAAUAUCACAGGGAUCCACAGGAUCAUGGAGACAAUGAGGGUGGAAGGUAUAUCCCAUAUCCUAGGAAUCUACGGGGAUCAUGAGAACUGACAGGCUGAAAGGGAUAUCACAGGGAUCUACCAGGAUCAUGGGGACAGAGGAGUUGGAAGAAACGCACCAGGGAUCUCCCAGGAUCAUGAUGACCAUGAGGCUGGAGGGGGUAUCACAGGGAUCUACGAGGAUCACGGUGACAGGGGCCAGAAGAGAUCUACCAGGGACCCACAGGAUCAUGGGGACAGUGGAGCUGGAAGGGAUCUCCCCGUCACGGGUGAUUUCCCCACACACUCAGACCAGGUCAUGGCAUGCCCAGGCUCCACAGGGGCUCACGUGCGUGGUGCUCUUGUCUGUGGCCACCAAAGAGCAACAGGGCUUGGCCAUGAGCUGAGAGCCUGGAUGCCUGUUUCUUUUGCCCCCUAAGCAAAGCCACAGUGCAUGUGGUUAGCAAGGUGGUUUCCUCUGCGCUCCAGAGUUCUUGCCACUCCCUGCCCACUUCCUGCCCCAGAAGCAUCUCCCCACCAAUAAGGACCUCCUCUCCUCUCCCCUCCCCAACUUGGUUCAUGACAGGAAACUAGGCCACCUCCAACCUCUCCCCUUUCCCCCUCCCACUACCCUCAGGGUUAUAAAAGUCCCUGGUCCCUAUGCACCACUCAGGUCCACCCAGCUUGGGGUAGCUUAGGCCAGAGGCCAGAAGGUCCUUUUGCAUCCUUGUCUUCCUCACGUUUCCGGCAGCUCUAUGGUGUAGGUGAGCAAGUGUCAGCUUCUGGGUGGGGUUUGGGAGACUUUUGCAGUGGGAGCAGAUGAAACUAGGAUGGAGUAUUGGUGGAUGAAUGGACUGUGGGUGGGUCAAGGUUGGAUGGAUGGAUGGAUGGAUGGAUGGAUGGAAAGUCUGAGGAUAGAUGGGUAGGUGGGUGUAUAUGGGGAUGGAUGAAGUGUGGGGUUGGUGGAUGGAUGGAGGGGAGUAUCUGGGGAUGGAUGGUGGGUAGAUGGAUGGAGGAAAUGUGGAAAGGGAUGGGUAGAUAGACAGGUACUUGGCUGUAUAUGGCUAAAUGUGGUAUUUAGGGAUGAGGUUAUAGAUAGAGAGGAUGUGCAAGUGGAUGGGUAGAUUGAUAUACGUGUAUAUGAGGAUGGGUAGAUGGAUGGAGAGAUGGAUGGGGUAUGGGGGCAUGGAUGGAUGGAGGGUAUGAGUGGGAAGGAAUGCAGAGAUAGAAAGGUAUGUGGGUGUAUAUGGGGAUAGAUAGAUGGAGAAACUAUAUAGGGAUGGAUAGGUAGAGGGGCAGCAGCAUUAAAAAUGGACCCACCUGAAGGAAUAGGAAGGGCUGCCCUGCAGAGGGACACCAAAGAGACAGAGCACGAAGAGACAGAGUUUGCCCCAGUAGGGAUACCGUUUGCCCUGGUGGCGACUGAAGCCGCUUUGAAGGUAACUCUCUUGGAAGUGGGAAGGGUGAUGUAACCCCAGCAGGGUUAGAAUGAGAGACAGUAGCAACAGGCCAAGAAGAGCCCUGGCCUGGGAUUGGCUGAGAGGCUUGGUUAAAAGAGGGGAGCAGUUUUCCCGGGAAGAGAACGAAGGAGAGAGGGGCGGUGAGAGACAGGCUGGAGACCAGGGAAAGGAUCUCCCCACGGCCAUCCCUCCGAGAGCUCCUGGCAGAGUCCUGCAGAAGUAGCAGCAAGAAGCAUUGGAGAAGAGCGCUGCACUGUGUCCUGUUCUCCCUCCCUUCUCCUCGGAGCCGCACCGGGGCAGGACAAGAGAGGAGCUGCCUGUGAGGAGACUCCAAGCCUGGGAAAACCCUCCUGCAAGCCCCUGUGUGGCUGGGUGAGGACAGAGCCAGGGACAGCUCCCACCGGCAUGGAGACCUCAAGCCCUACAAGCUCCCCAGGCACUGGCAACCAUGACAAGCUUACGAGGGGCAUUCAUAUCUUCAGCAUGAUCAUCUACAGCAUUGCCUUCCUGCUGGGUGUGACGGGAAAUGGGCUGGUGAUUUGGGUCACAGGCUUCCACAUGAAGCGAACAGUCAACACUGUGUGGUUCCUCAACUUGGCCAUCGCGGAUUUUAUCUUCACCUUCUUCCUCCCCUUGAACAUCACCAGCAUAGCUAUGAACUUCCACUGGCCAUUUGGGAGAGCCCUCUGCAAACUCAACGGGGGAUUGGCUUCCCUCAACCUUUAUGCCAGUGUCUUCUUCCUCACGGUCAUCAGCCUGGACCGUUGUGUCUGCGUGGUGUCUCCUGUGUGGACACAGAACCAUCGUCAGCCCCGCCUAGCCUCACUUGUGGCCUUGGGCAUCUGGAUCCUGUCCUUGAUCCUUUGCAUUCCCUACUGGUACUUCCGGGAGAUAGAUCACGAUGACUCCAAGAAUGUCACCUACUGCUAUAAGGAGUUUGACACAACUGGUGAGGAGGCCACGGAGGAGGAGUGGAAGUGGGUGAGCACCUCCAACAGCCGAGCCACAGUCAUCAGCCGCUUCAUCUUUAGCUUCAUCAUCCCCUUCUACAUCAUUGUCAUCUGCUACGGGGUCAUUGUGGUCAAGCUCCUCACCAGCCAACUGGCACUCUCCAGCAAGCCCUUCAAGAUCAUUGCUGUGGUGAUCGUGGUCUUCUUCCUCUGCUGGUUCCCCUUACAUGUCUUCUCCUUCCUUGAGAUGGAUGACCUGCCUAAGUUUAGGACAGCCGUCCACAUCGGCAUGCCAUUGGUUUCCAGCCUGGCCUUCGUCAACAGCUGCCUCAACCCCAUCCUCUACGUUUUCAUGGCUCAUGACUUCAAAGAGAAGCUACGACACUCACUGUUCUUGGCCUUUGAGAAGGCCUUCACUGAGGAUGCCCCCAUAGUGGCUGUCCAGACUCAGUCCACCAUGAAGUCAGACUCCCAGGCCUUAUAGACUCCUCCUCCAGGCCUCUCCCAUUCCCACUAUCUCUGGAGUAGGAAGAGAAGUUGUCAACCAAUAGACCUUCUCCUGCAGCUUCAUCUCCAUGGAGAUAGUAACAGUGGCCUGGUAGGAAUUGUCCUAGGUCUCAUCCUUGCUUUUCCAGGAAGAAACUUUGGUGUUGAACCUUUUCAGUUGACCAAUGGGCUCCAUCUGAAUGCUGAUGGAAUUUCUUACUACUAUUGGAUGUUUCUUCCAGCCCCAGCCCUUUCAAGCUACUUCCAGCCUCUACAUAUGCCCCUUUGAUGUUAUUCCAAUGUUUUGUUCACUAGUUUGAUGAGACCCCCAUGUUCUGUAUUAGGUGAAGUGAUUUCCAUAUUUCCUGACAUAUGACCUGCAACUGUCCCUCAAAAUUAGCUACUCGUGGUGCAUUUGCUUGCAUAUUUCAUGGGCUUUACUGGCCAAUGGUUUCUCAUGUAAUGACCCAUCCUGGGAUCAGCCCCAUCAGAGGUGUAUUCUACCAGGCAAAGGAACUUUGUGGAGAAGCCUCUUUGGAAGCCUUGUUUCCUUUUUCCUUGAGAUGGGUUUGGGAUCCAUUAAGUCUUGUUAACUGUUGAUGGAAUGAAAGCAGUCAAUAACA